GUUUGUUUGCUUUUUGUAGGUUCUACAUGAAACAUUUCCUCAACACACAUUCCUCAUGAAUGGUCUCAUUCAGGGUGUAAAGGGUCUGCUCUCUUUUUUGAGUGCCCCACUCAUAGGCGCACUGUCUGAUGUGUGGGGAAGGAAGCCCUUUCUUCUUGGCACUGUCUUCUUCACCUGCUUCCCAAUUCCUCUGAUGAGAAUCAGUCCAUGGUGGUAUUUUGCAAUGAUUUCCGUAUCCGGAGUGUUCUCAGUCACGUUCUCUGUGAUCUUUGCCUACGUAGCCGAUGUCACUCAGGAACAUGAGCGAAGUACGGCCUAUGGAUGGGUCUCAGCCACUUUUGCGGCCAGUCUGGUCAGCAGCCCAGCCAUUGGAGCGUACCUUUCCGCCAGUUACGGAGACAGCCUUGUUGUGCUAGUAGCCACCGUGGUAGCUCUUCUAGACAUCUGCUUCAUCUUAUUGGCUGUUCCGGAAUCUUUGCCCGAGAAAAUGAGACCUCUCUCCUGGGGAGCCCGGAUUUCUUGGAAACAAGCAGACCCUUUUGCGUCACUGAAGAAAGUUGGAAAAGAUUCUACCAUUUUAUUAAUCUGCAUCACUGUUUUUCUUUCAUACCUUCCUGAAGCUGGACAGUAUUCAAGUUUUUUUCUCUAUCUCAGGCAGGUCAUAGGAUUUGGAUCUGUUAAAAUUGCAGCUUUCAUAGCUAUGGUAGGAAUUCUGUCUAUUGUGGCUCAGACAGUCUUUCUUACUAGCUUGAUGAGAGCAUUAGGGAAUAAGAACACUGUUCUCCUUGGUUUGGGCUUCCAGAUGUUCCAGCUAGCCUGGUACGGUUUUGGAUCUCAAGCAUGGAUGAUGUGGGCAGCAGGGAUUGUGGCCGCCGUGUCCAGCAUUACGUUUCCAGCAGUCAGUACCCUCGUCUCUCAGAAUGCAGAGUCAAAUCAGCAAGGAGUUGCCCAGGGUAUCAUAACUGGAAUAAGAGGACUCUGUAAUGGACUGGGACCAGCCUUGUAUGGCUUCAUAUUCUACAUGUUCCAUGUGGAACUGACUGAGUUGGAACCAGAAUUGAUUUCUAACAAUGCUGCCCUACAGGGAGCUGUCAUCCCAGGCCCGCCAUUUUUGUUUGGGGCGUGUAUAGUUUUUAUGUCUUUCCUGGUUGCUGUAUUCAUCCCUGAGUACAGUAAAGGCAGUAGAAUUCAAAAACACAGCAACAGUAUCAGUGGCAGCCUGGCCAACACUCCAGAACGGGGCAGUGAUGAGGACAUUGAGCCACUGCUUCAGGACAGCAGCAUCUGGGAGCUUUCUUCCCUUGAAGAGCCUGGGCAUCAGUGCACUGAGCUAUAAAUUCUGCAGAAAGGAUUCUGUGGACACCAUCUCUGAGAGUCAUGGAGCCACACCACAUGGAGACUUCAUGGUGCUGGAGGGGAGAUACUAGUGGCAUCCUUCAGGGCUGAGUUUGAGAAGUAACCACCUCCAUCCCUCUGUCUUCCUCCCCUUCCUCCUCCUGUUCCUUUUCCAGCAUUCUUUUCCUUUUCCUUUCAUUAUACGUUAGAACUAAUUAAGAUUUGAAAUGUUAUACUUUCCUGCAAAUAAUAUGCAACUCUCAAAGUUAUCUGGGAUCCACAUUCAGAGACUCAGAUAGAAGUAGUCAUCUGUGGUAGAAAUGAUGGCUUUCCUUUAAUAAUGUCAGUGUAGGAGUGAUCAUGCCUUUUCAAAAGGUGCAGGAUUGUAAUACAACUGCUGUUUCUGACAAAAUUUAAGAUAAAAAAUCCCAUAUUUUCUCCUCUUCCGUUCCUCUGAACUAUGUGCAUUUAUCCCAUAGCUGUUUAUAAGUGGUUGCUUCAGGAGUCACUCAGUCAGGGAUCUGUUGCCUUUGUUCUAAGAUCAGCAAAAAUCUAGUCUUACUCUCCUUUUCUUCUCUGCUUCCUAUUCUUGGCUAGAAUGACAUUCAGCAUAUAUACCUCUGGAUAGUAACAAUACUGAUUAGUAUUAUUUAAUACCUUUACCAGAGGAAGGAAAAAUUUUUAAUAAAUUUAAAUCAUGAAGAACUAGCAGUUCAGAUUCCUGGACCUAAUGUCUUGGUUAGAUCCAUGGCGAUUUUACAGAGGAAAAACAUACAUCAAGCAUUCUGGUGGCAACAUAGAAAUUGGAGGGUGCUUGUAAGAACGUUUUCAACAAUGUAAACAUUCCUAAGUGAAGAUGAGAGUUAGCAACUGGAUACCAGUGGAGUUUAUAUCCAAGUUUAGACUCACGUCAUGUUUUAUUACUAUUUACUCCCACCCACAUAUCCGGUGUCCUGCUUUUCAGUGUUUCUCAUUCAUCACAUCCCCACCUUAACUGUUUUAUGUAGGCAUUUGUUUUCAGCCUUUGUUUUCAUCUGUUACCUGCCUUUUGAAUCUCAUAGGAAUAUGCACAGCAAAUCCCUUUCUAAAAUAUGGGUUUAAGAAGCUCAGUUUCACAAGUGUCUUGCUAAUUUUUCAAGAUGUUUUAUGGACAAAGAAAACUUUAGAUUUAUGUGUGUUUUGCUGCACGAGUAAGUGGAGCAUUUAACUAGGGCCCAACUUUAACAUAGCACUCCUUUGAAAGUUUUAUAGGUAUGAAAUAUAUGUAGCUAUAUCAUAAAGAGUUUUAAUUUUUUUUGAUGGGGUGCUGUGUAAAUCUUGUAUUUAUAAAUAUAAUGAAAGUAUUGACAGAAAAAGUAUAUAUACAACUUUUAUAAAGGAUUGUGUACUGACUGAAUACAUUUAAAAGAAAAUAUAUUUUGAAACCUGUUCUGGUAUGAACAAAGAUAACAUAUCUUUUUUUACUAUGCUGUUGGUUUUUAAGUUAAGCUUCUUAAUGCAUAAUAAAUUUGCAAUGGAUACUUUUA